AUGUUCGGAGUUCCAAACGGACCCGAAGUCUCGUCUAGAGACAAAGCCAAAGCUUCUCUUGGUGCUAGAAGUUCCUCUAAACAACACACAAUUGUGCCUUGGAUUGAGACUCCACUCAAAGGCGCUGCUGGCAGUGACGAUGAUAUGAUUUUCGUCCAGCGCCAUGAGGCCAGCCCUCUUGAGCUUUUCUUCGAUCUCAUCUUUGUUGCAAAUCUUGCGACUUUUACGUCUUAUCAUUCCAUCAACGAUGCUAGAGCACUCUUUUCAUAUAUCGGUUUUUUCUCCAUCAUCUGGUCUUCCUGGUUCCAAAUCACACUUCAUGAUGUCCGCUUCGCUAGAGACUCGGUCUACGAGCGCGCCUGCAAGAUGGCCCAAUUUGUUAUUUUUGUUGGAUUUGCUCUUGUGGGGUCUGGGUUCAAUCCAGCAGAUGAUCCAACCGAUAUGUUUCAAAUCUUAUCUAUCACGCUCCUCCUCCUCCGAGUCCUCUUGAUCACCCAAUACGCGGUCGUCCUAGUUUGGGUCCACAAGAAAGGAUACCACAGACUCUACCUCCCGUUGUUCCUCAAUAUAUUGGUGUACGCGGUGACGGCAUCCGUUUUUGCUGUUACAGCAACCGCGUUUACGUCUAGGCCGGGGCCGGCAAUGUACAGUACUGGAUAUCUCAUCCUACUCUUGGAAGGUCUCGGUACUGUGUCGAUUUCUUGCUCGUGGCGGAUGGUGAGCUUUAAGAAGACACAUUUGGCUGAGCGGAUGGGGCUUCUUACCCUAAUUGUGAUUGGAGAAGGCGCCAUUGGAGUCACGAAAACGAUUGGGAAGCUCUUAGGUAAAGGUCAAGAUCUGCAGAUGUCUGGUUUAAUCUUCUGCAUUGUACUCGUCUUGUUCCUCAUUUGGAUGCUCUAUUUCGACAACCGCCCACACGGCGAAUUCGGCACCAUCCGCCAACAAAUAUGGUCCAUCAUGCACUUCCCGCUGCACCUCUCCAUUGUCGGCGCGGUCGAAGGCUCGCAGCAAAUGGCACUAGCACGCUACGUUCUUAUGCAAUCCAACGCCUUCAACUACACCAUCUUCAAAAACUGCAUGGAUCUCCACCUAGAUGGUGCGGCCCUCGUCGAAAUCCUCGGCAAGGAAAUCAAACCCUUCAAAUUCGACAAAAAGGCUGAGUCUAGCCGCUUCGCAUCGAACAUCCAAACGCAACUGUACACCAUCGGGAAUAGCACUGGGAUAUGCACGUCCACGGAUAUUCCAGAAUUCAUGGAAAUGUAUAAGACAGGCACAUUCCCAGGCCCGCUUGUUAACUUAUACGACAGCGUGUUAUCAGCGCUAUAUUCUAGCGUAUCUAUCACAAAGCCCAAAGAUAUGGAGGUCGUAGAAACCGCAUACAACGCCUGGCAGGUCGUCUACAACUACUACUGGACGUCAACGGCACUUAUCUUCUGUUGCCUCGUCGUCUUCCAUGUUAUCAUGCGUCGCGAUAUUCGCUCUGAUGUCUACCAUCUCUUCGCGAUUGCCGCUCGUAUGCUAGCUGCGUUUAUUCCUUUGAGCUUUAUAAUCGCCGCAGCUAGGAACCAUGCGUGGAUGUAUGUGUUUAUUGGAAGUGCGGCUGUCAUCCCGUGUGUGAUGUGUUUGCAUUUGGCGAUUGUUUUAGGGGAUCGGCUGAGUGGGAUUUGGGCGAAUGAGAGGGUUUGGGGAGGCGCGAGGAGGAGUAUUGCCUGGCCGAUUACUUUUUAUCAGGAACAUUCGGAGAAGGACAGCCUGGAGGCGAAGGAGGACGAGGAGGAUGAUAAGUGCAUUAAGAGGCGUGGGAGAGUUUUUGUAAAGGAGAUCGUGUAA